AAAAGUGUCACAGUUUUAGCUGUAGCGUCACAAAUCGCUGGCGUCCUGUUCCCCCCCUGAUGCAAUCAGAAGAUUACAGACUCAAAUAGGAAAAAGAAAGAAACUAUAAAGGAGCUAUACUUCGCCAAACAGGAGUGUAGGAGUGAGUCAGCGGUGGAGAACUGCGAAGUUAUUUAGGUACACCAGAAGCGGGAGCAGCCAGCCGGGCGAUCUGAGUGUUUCCUGACUUUGAUGCGACCCGAGUGUGCCUGGAGCAUGUCCACAGUGGGCCUGACUGCCCAGGAGAUCUCUUUCCCAAUAGAAAACCCCUUCCUGAGGGGCAGCUACUGUCACCGCAUGGCUGGAUCCAAACCCUCCUGGAGCUAUCGCCAUGAGCUGGACAACAGCUUCUACUUCAGUAUGGACACUGCACACUCAGACCACAGCUCUCGUGCGCAGCAUAAAGGGCCCCCUCCACCGUCUCUAAGUCAUGAAAGACAUAAACACAGUCCCAGCUCACAGAGAUUACCUCCGAAGAAAUCCCGGCCCUCCCACCUCCCCUUAUCCUGCAGCGCUGAACCAUCCACCCCAAGUCCUGCUGAUGACGACCAGGUGGUCCCCUCAUUCCAGCGGCUCUCUGUGUACGAGUGCAGCAGUCCCCCACAGACGCCGGGCAGAUGCUCCAAGCCUCUGCCCCCGAUCCCUCCGCACACAGACAUCUCCCCCGAGCAGGCUAUGGACAACGAGGUAGAGUUUUUCACAAGUUCGGACGACAGCCGCUGCCUGGUGUCCGACCAGUGUUCCAAACCGUCUCCUUUCCGAUACGGAGUCCCCAGUCGGAGGAGCUUCAGGGACUGCGGGCAGAUUAACUAUGCCUACUAUGAUGGGCCAUUAGGACCGCAAAGCCCGAGGCAGCCCCAACAGCAACAGCCCCAACAGCCCCAACAGCAGCAUCAUCAGCAUCAUCAGCAUCAGCAGCAGCAGCAUCAGGCCCCUCCUCCACAGGAAGUGCGGGAACAUCACGAGCAGCAGAGACAUGAACCUCCUGAGCCGGUGGUCUGUCAGAGACAGCAGGACAAAGCUCAGAGGAGGCUGCGGCGCUCACACUCCGGCCCGGCCGGAUCCUUCAACAAGCCCUCUCUGCUGCGCCUCACGUGCCACAAACGGCACACUCAAAGUAUGGACAAGGGCGAGGUGCCGCCCCCCAUCCCGCCACGAACAAUCAAGACAGGAGACUACCGCCGCUGGUCAGCAGAGGUCUCGUCUGGGGCUUGCAGCGACGAGGACAAACCGCCCAAGGUGCCCCCGAGGGAACCUUUGUCCAGAGGAAGCUCCCGCACCCCGAGCCCCAAGAGCCUCCCGACGUACUUUAACGGGGUGAUGCCCCCGACACAAAGCUUUGCACCAGAUCCGAAGUACGUAAGCUUUCGGGGUUUACAAAGACAAAACAGCGAAGGCUCCCCGUGCAUCCUCCCCGUUAUGGAAAACGGCAAGAAGUCCAGCACCACACAUUACUAUCUCCUGCCUCAGCGGCCCGCUUUCAUGGACUCACCUUGUGUCGAGCGGUUUCUCAGCUCCGCGGCACGCAAUACUGAUGCAUCAGACUCGGACUUGGACUGUCACACCAGCAGGAAAGCACAUGUGGAUUUAGUUUGAUAAGUUGUAGUGGAAGUAGCAGACUCUACUGUACAUGAGCAAAAACCACUUGAAAAAAUGGUGUAACUGCACGCUAACAACCCUCAUACAGCUGCUUUUACUUUUUUUUUUUUUUUUUUUUUUACCCCCCGAUGUUUUCUGAACACAGGGUAUGUGCGCACUGUUUUCAGUUACUGGUAAUGUUGUAGUAGCUAUCACAACGGAGAUACUUUAUGUAAAGAAAACUGCAUCUCUGACUAUAGAUUGUGGGCAGAAUUCAACAUUGUAGAGCUUAUUUUUGAUAUGAUUUUAAUUUCACGACAUUCAAUAUCGUGCUGUUUUUGCUGACGACGUGGUACAGUCAGAAGGUACAAGCGGGCCUUGAACCUCUCAUGCUCAGUGUUUUUUUUCCGUACCUGGAAGGUUGAGGAUGUUUUGUGAGAUGCACUGAUGCUGCUUUUGUGUCUCACAAGGGAGAAAAGGUCAGUAAUGUAAAGUAUCACUUAAUAUAUGAAGUCGAAACACAAGGCCAAUUAAUUUUUUUUAACGAAAUGAAGGAUGCUAGCACACAAAUCUCUUUUCUGUUUGCUAUUUUAUAUCGACACUGAUAUGGUUUCCCUGCCUUGAUGAAGUUUUACUCUUACUCAGGCCACUAUAUCCGUGUAUAUUUCCCACAUGGUACAUUUUUACAAAGCAGUGGGUACCAUUACUGGUAGCUACGCAUGUUUCCAUUGGAAUGUCUAGUGCAGCUUAUAUGGUGUCUGUUGAUAUGAGUGUGUGUAUGUAUGUGCGUGGACGUGUUUGUGCAUAUGUGCAUGUGAACAGCAGUUGGAAAAGUGUUCUGGUGAGACUUUAUAAAGCAACUUUUCUACAAUUGGUAGAAAACCAUACUUGUUACCGUGCUCUGCCUAAUUGCAGCCCUCUAAAAAAACAAAAAAAAGGAGAAAAAAAGUGCUUUCUUUCAGAGUCCAGGUCUGUUUUGUUGCACAGAAAUCGACCUGAAGUGAAUGUAUGCUAUUCUUACUGAAAUUCCAUCAAACAGGUGGAGGAGCUUAUAUCUUUUUGGUCAAGCUGUGAGUCGUCGCUUGGAAAUAAUUUGCCUCAAGUACUACCUCCCUUUGAUAUCAAUCCUAUAUUUCACAUAAUCCCCCAUUAGUAAAGCCUAAAUCUGAAAUAAUGAUCUAUAAAACAUGAGGUAACCAGCUCCAAAUGUGACCUGACGCAAGUUUUAAUUAGGUUACACUUCAGUCGAUUUUAACCGGAUAUCCUUAAAUAGAGAUUUUAGAUCACAGAGAUGUUCGGCCAACCUGUUAAUACAGACGCAUUACAAAGACAGUGCAAGGUUUACCUACCUGACACAGACUUUCCUGUUCUGCUCAUGCAUUCCUGCCUUACAUGAUUGCAGUGGGUGUGGUCUGAAAGACUUUGGCUGCUGGCAGCCCAGAAAAAAUAUGAGUUAUAUUGUUGUAGAUUAUUCAAGAAGCAUCAGGACGAUAUAAUAAAUGUAGCACAUGUAUUGAAGUAACCCUUGGUAUCGAACACGGUGUUCAGUUUGGGAAACUACUAAGGUCAAAUGGUCAUUGAAAUAUACUUUUUCUUCUCCCUCCUGCUCAUGAAACCUUGCCAACACAAUGUUGCUUUUGACUUAAAUGUCUGAAAAAAAUGUUUACAUCAUACACUGAUACUAUUUAAUCUUAAGGUAUUCAUAUGUCUUAUUAGAAAUAAUAAAACUGAAUGAAGACUAGUUUAUCAAGAAAUAACUUCUCUGCUGUGGUGAAGACAUGCACUGGGAGAGUACAGUAUGCUGUGUACAGUAUUUAACAAUUCCAUUUGUUGUCAUGAAGUAUAUAGUCUUUGAAAAAGAAAGCAAAAAUAAAAUGACUUAUUUAUGAGCCUG